UCUUCAGUAAACGGCGUCUGUCCUCCAACUUAUUAAUUGGAUUUAUUCCAUAAUAAGAGUGCAUCUUAAAAGCCGAUGUGAUUUGCCGCCAUUUUGAACAACUUCCAUCAAUUCCCCGAUUAUAAAGUUCUUCCUACAUGCAUCAGCCUUUGAGUAAUGCAUAUCGCAUGAUAUUAUAGAACAGACGAAUAUAGAUUAAGACUUUAGAUAUGCUUUUUCAUAAUUUCUUUGUGAUCCUGAACAAUGGUGUAAAAAAAAAAUGAAAAAAAAAAUAAAAGGAAAAGCAAAAUAUCUCGAGGACUAAACAUCAUAGCAUUAUGGACGAUGGAUCACGAUUAAUUACGAGAAAGCCUUAUGAUUAAAAAGUGAAGAACUUAGAUCGGCCAUAAGUUGCAUUAGAAGAAAAAGCAGUUAGAAUUAUAGGGGGACGGAGAGAAGCGUGAAAGGGGACAGCGCCUCAGAGACUGGACGAUAGAGAGAGAAAAGGGAAAGGUGGAUUAUAAUUGAACGGAUAUCGAGAGAAGGCUGAGGAAUGGAAAGAAAAGGAAGGAAGGAAGCAGCCUUAGAAAUUACUGUAGAGAGGGCCCGGGGGACACCUAGGGGUAGUGACCAGUGGCGCUAUGGUGACUCCCGUGGUGGUUAUGGGGACUCGAGGCGAUCUGCCCGAGACGAUAUGCGGCACGACAGAGAUAGUGUGAACAGAAACACGAGGACUGCAUCUAGCUACAAGCAAUCAUUGCCCAGAUAUGGACCACCAACACGCACCGAGUAUCGCCUCACCGUGGAGAAUCUGUCAAGUCGUGUCAGUUGGCAGGAUUUGAAGGAUUAUAUGCGACAAGCUGGAGAAGUAACUUACGCAGAUGCACACAAACAACGCAGAAAUGAAGGAGUUGUAGAAUUUGCUACAUAUUCAGACCUGAAAAACGCUAUAGAUAAACUAGAUGACACAGAAUUGAAUGGACGUAGAAUCAGGCUUAUCGAAGACAAGAGGCGCGGUCGUCGUUCAAGAUCUUCGAGUUCGAGAUCCAGAUCACGAUCGCGCUCUCGAUCUCGUCGCCGAUCCCGCUCCCGCUCAAGGUAUAAUCGUCGUUCUCGAACCCGAUCAAGGAGCCGCAGAAGCUCUCGUAGUCGCAGCCGACGAAGCAGUCGUUCAAAAUCAAGAGCACACUCAAAAUCUAAAUCAAAAUCCAAAUCCAAGUCCCCCGAACGUAGUCGCUCACGUUCAAAGUCAAAAUCAAGAGACCGCUCAAAGUCGAAAUCUAAGUCAAAGUCCAAAUCCAGAUCUCGUUCUAGGUCCAAGGCUGAGAGGUCAAAAUCCAGGUCGCAGUCCAAAUCAAAAGCCAAGUCUCCCUCAAAGGAUAGAUCCAGCCGUGAACGAUCGAGAGGCGACAGGUCCCGAUCUCGAUCAGGAAGCAAACAUAGCAAAAGUCACAGUCCCUCCCAUUCGCCUAUGAACGGAGAUAAAUCACCAGAAAGCAACAAACAAAAAGUUGUUGACUGAAUGAUGAAGGGAUUUUUAAACGGAACUUAACGCCAAUCUUCCGUUAUUUUUCUUUUUCUUUUUCUUUUUUUUUAUAUUGAUUCAUAUUCAAGAAGCCGAUUUGAUUUAAUUGAUAGCGAAUAUACAGACUCCAUGGUGUUUAAACAUCGUACAUGACGAAAAAAAAUGUGUCCUAUACAUUUUUCGACAGAAAAAAAAAAAUAUUAAAUGCUACAGCAUUAAUCGCCUACAUAAUUGGCUUGAAAGUAAUAUUAUAUUUAAUUAAACCAAUUCAGUAUCAUUGGUUCUCUGUUUAUUGUAAAUUACACAAAAACAUUUUAUAAGCCAUCUCACAAGUAUCUAGGAAAUUAAGGUUUCUUUGUACCUUAAACGGUCUCUACACAUUUUGGAUGUAUCACCGUAUACAUAACAUAGGGAACCCCUUAUAAUGGCUUUUUGUAUAUAUUGCUAAGAGUUACUUUACACUAAGAAGAUAAUAUGUGAUGUGUAUUAAAUUUUAGAAAUAAGAAACAUCAGAUUAUCAAUAAAGCACUUGUGUCAAUCCAUUUUUUUAAAUAUUCUCGCAAGUGUUCCCUUAUGUUUCUUCAUUUCGAAUGUAGUUUGGUUUCAAUGUGAAAAUACUUUAAAUAAAGUGCAUAAUAUUCUUCUA